UUAUUUUGCAAUAAGAAAAAGUCCCAACGUUUUCUUUUCACUAUCCCGACGCGAAAAGACGAGGGAGGAAGAGGCAUUUUUAUUGCGAUCUAUUUAUGGCUACUUUGGACUCCGACGUGCCGAUGGUUCCGGUCGGCGAGGCUUCGAGCAGUGCCGGUCCUUCGUCUACCAAGAAACCUAAGCGUUUUGAGAUCAAAAAGUGGAACGCCGUCGCUCUUUGGGCAUGGGAUAUCGUUGUCGACAACUGUGCGAUCUGCAGGAACCAUAUCAUGGAUCUUUGCAUCGAGUGCCAAGCAAACCAGGCUAGCGCAACCAGCGAGGAAUGCACUGUGGCUUGGGGGGUGUGUAAUCAUGCAUUUCAUUUCCACUGUAUCAGUAGAUGGUUGAAGACACGUCAAGUUUGUCCAUUGGAUAAUAGCGAGUGGGAAUUUCAGAAGUAUGGACACUAGAACUUUCAUGCCGUUGAGGAUAUGGAUCCUUAAAUUCUCAUUGGGCUGUAAUGGUGUCGACAGUCGACUCUUCGAUUUUAUGAUUUUCUGAAAAUAGCGAUAUGAUGCAUUUUGUUGCACAACUGCAAUUAUCCAGAGAACUAAGUGCAGUCCGCUUGCGUGAAUACAUUAUUAGAUUCUGUUUCGGGAUUGUUUAUAGAAAUAGGCUGGCACUUAAUUGUUCGUUCUUGCUUUCUCGUUACUAUCUCUAUACUUUACAUCCGGAAAUUUUGGAUCUUAUUGUUGCCAUUUGGUUCUAGUUUAGGUCCGGAUACACAUAAAAUAAAGCGAAAAAUACACUUUUGGUCCUUAAAA